CCAAUCCGGAUGGACCUGUGAGUAGCAUGGCUACCCCCAUCCUGCCUGGACUCUCCCUCCUAAUGCCGCUCUCUGUAUAUCGCUGGCAGUGCCCGAGUACCUGCUCCGUUGUUCGUAUGGCCUAGUCUCUUAGAAAAAUGGAUUCAGUGGCUACAUUGGACAUCUUCUCCCUUUUAACAUCAUUAUGGAUAAACAGGUUUUACAUAUAUUUGGCCCUUGCUGUUGGCAUUAGCCUUUGGAUUUGUUUCCACAUUGUCAUCAGGAAGCAGGACAAAAACUCACAGGAAAAAUGUGUUUCAAAAGAAACACAGAAUUUGAUGGCAAAUGGAUAUAUUUCUGAUCAAAAGAAGGUCUUUGUGUCUGGAGUGAAGAUUUUCUAUGGUUCUCAGACUGGUACAGCAAAGGGAUUUGCAAUGAAUCUUGCUGAAGAAAUUAUUUCCCUUGAUCUGCCUGUGAUAAUUAUUAAUUUGAAAGAAUAUGAUCCAGAUGACCAUUUGGUAGAAGAGGUAACUAGUAAAAAUGUUUGUGUCUUCCUGGUUGCUACAUACACUGAUGGUCGACCAACUGAGAGUGCAGAGUGGUUCUCCAAAUGGUUAGAAGAAGCAUCCAGUGAUUUUCGAUUUGGUAAAACUUACCUGAAGGGUAUGAGAUAUGCAGUGUUUGGCCUGGGGAAUUCUGCUUAUGUGAAUCACUUCAACAAGGUCGGCAAGAAUUUUGAUAAGUGGCUCUGGAUGCUCGGGGCUCAUCGAGUGGUGACGCAUGGGGAGGGCGACUGCAAUGUGGUUCAGAGCAAACAUGGCAGCAUUGAGGCUGACUUCACAGCUUGGAAGACCAAGUUCCUCUCCCAGCUACAGGCUCUUCAGAAAGGGGAGAAAAAAGCUUGUGGUGGCAACUGCAGAAAAGGCAAAUGCAGAUCUAAAUGGCAGAGCUCAGAGGAAAUGGAGCCAGAGUCUCCCCUUCAAGACAGAUUGCAUCACAGAGACACUGAGGAGGAGGAGCUCUUUGAGAGCACCAGUGAGGAAGAGUCUGGCCCUGAGGACCAUGAAAGUCUCAAUUCCAUUGUUGAUGUUGAAGACCUUGGUAAAAUUAUGAAUCAUAUGAAGAAAGAUAAGAAAGAAAAGGAGCAGCAGGAGGAGAAAACUAGCCUGUGGAGAGACUCCGUGAAGAAUGAAGACAGUGAACCACGGGCUAUGAUAACACCUGCACUUCGAGACGCCCUUACUAAACAAGGUUAUCAGUUGAUCGGGAGCCACUCUGGGGUGAAACUUUGCAGGUGGACAAAGUCGAUGCUCAGAGGGAGAGGAGGUUGCUAUAAACAUACAUUCUAUGGCAUUGAAAGCCAUCGAUGCAUGGAAACCACCCCAAGCUUGGCUUGUGCAAAUAAAUGUGUCUUCUGUUGGCGGCACCACACAAAUCCAGUGGGCACUGAGUGGCGGUGGAAGAUGGACCAUCCUGAAAUGAUCUUAAAGGAAGCCAUAGAAAACCAUCAGAACAUGAUCAAGCAAUUUAAAGGAGUACCAGGUGUCAAAGAAGAACGCUUCAAAGAAGGAAUGACAGUAAAGCACUGUGCAUUGUCCCUUGUAGGAGAGCCAAUAAUGUACCCUGAAAUCAAUCAGUUUUUGAAACUACUCCAUGAAUGUAAAAUCUCUAGUUUCCUGGUCACAAAUGCACAAUUCCCUGUGGAAAUCAGGAACCUCAAACCAGUUACUCAGCUUUAUGUCAGUGUGGAUGCGAGUACCAAAGAGAGUCUGAAGAAAAUUGACCGCCCACUCUUCAAGGAUUUCUGGCAGCGAUUCCUUGACAGUUUAAAAGCCCUAGUAGCAAAGCAACAACGUACUGUCUACAGAUUGACCCUCGUGAAAGCCUGGAAUGUGGAUGAACUGCAGGCCUAUGCUGAGCUGGUGUCUCUGGGGAGCCCUGACUUCAUUGAAGUAAAGGGUGUUACCUACUGUGGAGAGAGCUCAGCAAGCAGUCUUACCAUGGCAAAUGUGCCCUGGCAUGAGGAGGUGGUACGCUUUGUGCGUGAGUUGGUUGAUUUGAUUUCCGGCUAUGAAAUUGCCUGUGAACAUGAACAUUCUAAUUGCCUCCUGAUAGCUCACAAAAAGUUUAAGAUUGACGGAGAAUGGUGGACAUGGAUCGAUUAUGAUCGCUUCCAGGAUCUCAUCCAAGAAUAUGAACACAGUGGUGGGUCGAAAACUUUCAGCACAAAGGAUUAUAUGGCCAAAACUCCUCACUGGGCAUUAUUCGGUGCCAGUGAAAGAGGCUUUGAUCCCAAGGACAUAAGACAUCAGAGAAAAAUCAAAUCAAAAAGUCUUUCUGGAUGCUGAGAUCGUCUGGUUUUAGGGGACUGAAGGACAAAAACCAAUGGCCCCUAAAAGUUCUUAAACUCCACUGUGAGUUUUCCAAGGACAGAUUUCACAAAUUUUAUUUCAUAUGAUGCAAAGAAGACAUAGAUGGAACAUGGGAUGCAAGCCAUCUUCCUGGGUUGAGGAGAAGGAAACCACAUUUUUGAGUGCCUGGCAUUUAGCUCAGCACUUUCAGAACUUUAGUUACUUUCCUAACUUUACUUCUGAGAGGAAAAUCUUUGGUAGGUAGGGGGCAGGGUAAUCACACAGUGAUCAUUAAAUUUUAAUUAACAGUUUUGAGUAAUAAUUACUGUGAAUGAUAUUCAUGAGACUGUUGUAGCAAGUAAAUAUCAGUUAUAUUUGUUCUUCUUCCCCUUGUGGGCUAUUGGCUUGGAAUGGUGGUGGUUGUGUUACCUUGAGGUAAGUAUAUAUGGUGCCCCCUCAGAGCACCCCCUCAGAAAAAGACCUACAUUUUCUUAUAAAAUCCUGAAAUUAGAUUGUUGAAAUUCUCAAUUAUUUUUUAAAUGCACAGAUUACUGUAAAUUUUUGACUUAGUAACAACUCUUUAUAAAGUUGAAUUGGAUCAAAAAGUGUACUAGAGCUUAUUCUGCCAAAUAGAAGGUGAUAUGCUGACAGGAUUAAAGUAAGAACUUCCUUCUUUAGGAGGAAUUGUAUACUGUCACUGAAUAGUCUCACAAACUUUGAAACAGUAAGGCCCUUGAUGUCAGGUUGAUGUUGAAGCCUCUCAUCACUGCACUUAGAGCAGGCUGUCAUCUUUUUUUCACAUUUGUAGCCAGGGCUGCUUUAUAUAAUCUGUUCCUAAAGGUCCAAGUUUUUAAUGUAUUCAUUAUUUCAAAAAGUCUUUUAUCUUAAGAUUUUAUUAAUUAAAAAAAAAACUUUUGUAAAAUACACACAA